CAGCAGCUGCAGGACAAUGGAGCUUCUCCACCUCGGAUCCUAACGGGCACCGGACAGUUUCCAACCCUCGACUCAAGGAGGCGACCGUCAAACAGCUCCAGGAUGCUGUCUUCCUCGUCCCGUUCCUCAGGAGGCAUCUGAUCGACCCAACAUGAUGAAGACUGAGCGCCCGUCGGCCACGGGGGGCACUGGAGCGUCCGGGGGGAGCAGCGGGGGGGGAAGCGGGAGCUCGAACCUGCGGAGUCCCUCCCCCCAUCGCAACGCCUACGAGGCGGGGCUGGCGGCUCUGAAGAAGGCCACCGACCACCUCAACAAUGCCGCCAACGGGGGGUCAGACCCGGCCUCGAAGCCCGCCCCCUUGCCGCGCCCGACCGGGAGAGGCCGGAGAUACGGAUCCAACGUUCACCGCAUCAAGAACAUGUUCAUGCAGAUGCAGUCGCCUGGAGACGAGGAGGAAGGAGCCAAACUGAUCGGUGCAGACCAGGCGGUGAAGCUGUCGCUGCCUCGCGCCUCCAGCCUCAACGAGAACGUGGACCACAGCGCCCUGCUCAAACUGGGAGGCACCGUCUCGGAGAAGGUCAACCGGUUUGACCACAAACCAGGAGGUGAAGGCGAGAGCUCCUCCGUGGGCUUCACCAAACUGCAGGAGACCAGGAGGAUCUUCGAGCAGCGCACUCUACAGGAGAAGCAAGCGGCCACGAACCGGAUCCUGCUGAAGAAGGAGCGAGCUUCGGGUUUCCAGGGCAGCCGGCUGGAUGUGGUGGCUCGCUUUAACGGCUCCGUUGAGGCUCUGGACCGACUGGACGACCCCCCUCCCUCCGCUCCAGCUCCACCUCCCACUCCAACUCCACCUCCUCCUCCCGCUCCCGCUCCAUGUAGUAUUCCCGCGGCUGCGGCCUCAGUCGGGCCCGGGGACGCCGUCAGCCCGACCGUAAGCCAGCUCAGUGCCGUGUUCGAGAAGGUGGAGCCGCCCGGCGAUCCCACCCCCCCCCAGCGCCGGUCAGCACCUGCCCUGGCACCGAAGCCCAAACCUCCGGCAAGAGGAGAGGCUGUCGGCAGGAAGGUAAAGUCGUUGCCCCCGGGGAAGGAGCCCCCCGAGGAGAGGGCAGGAGACGCAGAGCGAUCAGAAGGAGUUGUGACCAGCGAGGAGAAGGAUGGGUCCAGACAGUCAGGAGACCAGCUCUCCGUCUCCUCCUCCUCCUCAGCGGCUGUCACAUCCUCCUCUUCCUCCUCAGAGGCCCAACCAGGCGUGGAGGCGGGGCCAACAGGGACUGAAGCCCGGGGCUCGAGCACGGCGGCGGCUCCAGACCGGGAGCCUCCAGCUGACCACCUGGACGGGACCACCGAGGGGUCCGAGGCCGGAGCCAGGCUGGUGCUGGCCGAGGUUCACGCCUCGCUGGAAAAUGGAGAAAAAGAGCCUCCAGGUUCUUCUCCCACCUCGAAGGAGCAAGGAGCGGACUCUGAGAGGAGGGGUGAGGAGGAGGAAGAAGAGGAGGAAGAGGAGGAGAACGACGAUGAUGGCUCGAGGAAGGAGGAUUACUCGGAGGGAGACCUGGUGGAUAUCAGUGCAUACAGCGGACUUGGGGAGGAGGACUCUGGGGGGAGCCAACUGGACGAUGAGGAAGAGGAAGACGAGGAGCCGUAUCAGCCCGAGUCCAGUUGUUCAGAGAUCGCAGGCCUCCCCGAGGAGGAGGAGCCUCCACCGUCCAAUAGGAAGAUUCAGUUUAGCAUUCAGCCAAUCAAGGUCUUCACCACCUACUCCAACGAGGACUACGACCGACGUAACGAUGACGUGGAUCCGAUGGCCGCCUCGGCCGAGUACGAGCUGGAGAAGAGAGUCGAGAAGCUGGAUCUAUUUCCUGUUGAGCUGGAGAAAGACAGCGACGGCCUGGGCAUCAGCAUCAUAGGAAUGGGGGCCGGAGCCGACAUGGGGCUGGAGAAACUUGGGAUCUUCGUCAAGACGGUGACAGAGGGCGGAGCCGCACAGAGGGACAACAGGAUUCUGGUGAAUGAUCUGAUCGUGGAGGUUGAUGGAACCAGCCUGGUCGGCGUCACUCAGAGCUUCGCUGCCUCCGUCCUCCGCAACACCACCGGCACCGUCAGGUUUGUGAUUGGCCGGGAGAAGCCGGGCGAGCAGAGCGAGGUGGCUCAGCUGAUCCAGCAGACUCUUGAGCAGGAGAGGUGGCAGAGGGACAUGAUGGAGCAGAGAUACAAACAGUACAUGGACGAGGAUGAAGAGACGGGUGAAUAUGCCACAGACGAGGAGGAGGAGAUGAGUCCCGUGUUUCCAAACUCCAUCGAGGUUUUCGACCUGGCGGAGAACCAGGACAUGAUGUCUCCUGAGGAAAUGGACCCGGAGAAGCUGGCCCACAAAUUCAAGGAGCUCCAGAUUAAACACGCAGUAACGCAGGCGGAGAUCCAGCUGCUGAAGAGGAAGCUGGCUCACGCGGAGCAGGACAAGUUGCGUUGGCGGAUGGAGCGAGCUCAGCUGGAGCAAAACAUCCGGGACAGCAAAGAGAGGAUGGAGAAGCUGGAGGGAUACUGGAUGGAGGCGCAGUCCCUGUGCAAGGCAGUGGAUGAACACCUAAAGGAAACCCAGUCUCAGUACCAAACCCUAGAGAGGAAGUACAGCAAAGCCAAGAGACUGAUCAAAGAGUACCAGCAGAAGGAGAUUGAGCACCUGAAGAAGGAGACAGCUCAGCGUCGGGCAGAAGACGAGAGCGAGGCGACGCACAAAGAAGAGACAGACAACCUGCAGGAAAAGAUUUCAGACUUGGAGACCAAAGUGGACGCUUUGAAGACGCCGCCCAAAACCUCCUAAACUGCUGCUGCUCGCUCCCUCCCUCCUGUGAGGGAAGAGGAGGGUCUCUGCCUUCAUCCUGACAGGGGGUGUAUCUCAUUCCAAUCAACCAAUUACUGCACAGACAGGGAACGACAGGGGGGGGAGGAAAGACGCAGCUUCUCAUCUGUCAGUAACCAAUCCCCGAACGCACCAUCGGUAUUACCCACAAUCCUCCUUGUGUGUCCACCUGGCGAUCAACACAGAAAACCACAUUCAGCAGCUUGUACUUAAUUUAUGGAUGAUUUGCUUUUUAUCACGUCCUCAUCAUGUCACCGGGCUCCAUUUCAAUUCAUUUUUAAAAAGCGCUUUUCAUAACCAGGCUUGUCACAAAGUGCUUUAUACAGUGGCAGAGCACGUGAGUGAGAGGAAGAUGACGGAAGGUGGAAAAGGACGAAGGUCACGUGGUCGUCGUCGUCGUGCUGCUUGUGAACCAGGCGGCUGAAGAUUCUCCUGAAGAGGACACGAGUGUUGUUUCAUAACUGCGAGGAGAAGUGACCACCUCAUUUUUAAAAACUCUAAUCCUGGAGCGGAGCCUCUGUCGUCGGGAUGAACCACGAUGAAAACUCUUCAAAAGGAAAUAGCCACCACCGAGGGAACUAUGGAACAAACCAGCCGAUGUGUUUCUGAUCGGUGACAGAAGCUGGGAAGCGACAGAACUCGUUUUUCUAUUUCUCUGGGAGUGAUGGAAGGAAUCAGGCAGGACUGUGACCUGGUGGCGUACUGUUUGUACAUAUUCUAUACGUGUAUUUAAAAGUGUUUAAACGGCUAAAGCAAUUCAGUGGGUGUGAUGCUGCGUGUGAGGUGGACCUGUGAGCGAAUGAGCACGUUGCAGAAGGUUCAGUUUCCCAGAUUCAGUGCGUUUCAUCUCUUUCUAUCCACACGAGCGGCAGACAGGGUGUGAAUAGUCUUACAUGUGCUUCUAGAGCUUCUGUAUAUUAGUUGGUGUUUAUCUGUGAGUUUACAUGCACUCCAACGUCCUGAGCUCAACUGUCGCCGUGGACCACAUUCCUGAGUUGGUGCAGGAAAACAUCGCUUUCUCUUUUUGGAAAUUUGCUUCAACAACCAGAAUACGUUGGGUCUAUUAUUCUGAGGCGAUGUCCCGAGCUCGGGUUCCAGGGUCGACCGAGAACAUUCUCUGAACUCCCACAUUCAGAGAACUUCUCCGAGUCAAUUGUUCAAACGUUUACUGAGGCAGAAAAACUCUCAUUGGUUGAGAUAAACGUAAGUGGGCGGGGCCAAAUGUUCCUAACCAUAGUGUUUCUGAGUCAGAUAUUGAUCAUCAGAGUUCUGAUAACAAUUCAAUUAACAGUAUUCUCUUUUUCACUUUAAUAUGCUGCAGGAAACAUAAUGAAAUGUCAUUAUGAUAGAAUUUGUCAGUGUUGUCUUCAUGACCUCAAACAGUGUUUCUGUUUCCUUUUACUAAUAUUACUGAAAUGAAUUAUUACUGAUAUUAACUCAUAAUAGCAACCAGGUAUUUGUGGACAUUGGACGCUUGAAUUAUUUUGAACCUUAAAAUAAACAAAUCAAGUGAAAUCGAGUUUUUGCCAUCACACCACAUUCAGUCUGACAGUCAAAUAUUAUAUCAUAUUUUGCAGCUAUACAUUUUGUGGUAUUUC